AUGCAAUUCCUGAGCGAGAAGGUGAGGAGAAUUGGUUCGUUGUGUCGGGUUUAUUUUGGGAUAAGAGCAAGGAUAAGGGGUUUAAACAAUAUAAUUUACGAGCCGGUCACUUCAGCUCGGAGCCUAGCCGUUUGUGUCACACUAAGUUGUCAGGUGGCGGACGGUCGGGGUUCAUCCACGUCUUCAUUAAAGGGCGAGUGCGAACAAAGUAGCCAACCGCACGGCUGUAGUCCCAUCUGGUCAGGCGGUGGGUUAGGUAGUUCACACGUGGCUUUUGAGAGGACAUGGGCACUCUUUCUGAGGUGGGGCGAACUUCUUGUCAGGAGAGGUCUUGUCGUCGACAUGACUGAUUCGUAUCCUUCCGAAUGUCCCCAAGGUAGCUCCAAGGCCGAGGCGAGAUGGAGGAUGGUUUGGUUGUUUUCCGCCAAGUGGUACGCAAGGUCCAUGUGUUCUGUUUUCAUUGGGCAGACGAGCUCGAUAUAUACCAAGCGUCAACAAAAUUCAUCUCACAAAAUUGUGUUGUGA